GGAUGAGCGGCCCGAAUUUUUCUCGCUAGUCAAACUUCGCUUGGCUAUGCAUUGUUUAUCGAGGAGAUUCGCUCAUCCGAUGUUUGUUUGAUGAAUUUUAAAGCACGAGAAGCGAAUGUUGAUCAUUUGUUUUACUGGCAAGCACGGGGUGAAAACGCUAUCGUUUUAGGAGCGGUAGAGGAACGGCGACUCCAUGCGAUACUGCCAUUUUUUAAAAGCCGUUAGGGAAGGAAACUAUCGACAUUGAACACAGACACGAAAAAUACCGCCGCAGUGCUUUCUACUUUGCGACUAUAAUGCGGCAGUGGUACCAUAAUCAACGCGUCACAUGAUACAGGCGAAUGAACCAUGGUAAUGAAACGCGAGAAAAUGCCCUUUACUCGUAUAUAAGAUGAUGAAAUAAGUAAAAAAGUUAUAUCUCCUGCGCCGUGUGCUGAGGAAGUCAACACCUUACGCUAAUCGGCUAGCUCAUCUGCACUUAUUUUGUACAAAAAAAAUAUAUCUUUCUAGAAGACGGGCGGCAGACGCAGACACGCAAUGACUAUGGGGAAUAAUGGGGACUGAAAUAACGAACCAAACUUUUACCCUUUAUGGUGUAGAGAUUCAUUUGAUCUAACAACAUUUUUCAACCAGUAAAGUUUUCCGCAGGAACUAUUCCUCUUCACCACCCGCCCUGUUAGGUAAGGAAAUAGCUGACAACGCAAAUCAGAGGACUCCGCUGUUGUCAACACCAUGUAUGAUCUACUAUCGAAAAGUUAUCUACACUUCGUACGUCGACCGGCGCAAGAGCUAGUGCAGUGGUGGUGUAAAAUAAAUUCCAGCGCCAGCAAAGGAGCAUGUAAUUUCAGUGCUUGAAUAUCAUCGAAAGAUAUACACUCCGAGUACAAAAUUCUAUCUGUCGUUGAACGAUUGUUGUGUCAAUGUCAGAUUUUCUCAAAUUUUGUGCUAGUAGAAUACAGUACGAAUCAAGAGAUCAGACAGCCGCGGCUUGGAUAAAGGCGUUCGGAUUAUAUGACUCCAGAUUUGUCGUGGCGCAAGAGGGGGUUGACGAAUCCAGGUCUCUCGCAGGCCAGUUAGAUUCGUGUGGAGUAGAAGAAUUUUUCUUCUCAUUCAUCCAAGAAAAAAAAGAACUGGGAUGCUCAGCCAUGGUAUGCGUGCAUUUUUGGAGUUGUUGCACCGCAUCGGAAGCUUCCUUCCAGAGGUCCUUUUCUCCGAGGCACGGAUACUGGGCGGUCCGCCCCAGAAAAAAACUUUUGAAGACGUUUCUUACCGCACUAGAAAACAGCUCUGAAAUCUCGUCGAUAUCAGCUGCGAGCCUAUUCCACCUUCAUAUGUUUUUUACUGAUUCGAUACAUUCGCAAAAAUAGAAGUAAGAUGAUAUCUCGAGAAUGCCUCUUUUUUGCAUUAUGAAAAGUGUAGACAUCAUCGAACAAGUUUAUCUUCGAGAAGAAGCACUUUUUAAAAGUCUAGUAGAGAUAUAGGUAUUCGGACGAGUUUAGUCUCGAAGAAAGAUCAAGCAGAAAGCUCUUUCUUCAUUCUCUAUCUAAAGUACGCCGCACUAUCGAUGUUUCGUAGAACAAUCUCUAUCGUGGCCAAAAAUCGAAAAAUCCUUCCACAGCACUGGAGUCAUUUCCUCAUACUACAACAGAAACGAUUCUUUUGUACUAUAAGAAAUAGAAUUUCUCGUCUUAAAUUGGUUCUCUGAAAAAUAUUUUUAUGAUUUACCAUUUUCUAGCGGCUAUUUGAAACAAAAGAGAUGGCGCUGAAAUGUGUUGAAGAACUCGUGGGUAUGUCUUGAAAAGCAAUACAAGCGGCUUCUUGUUAACAUUUCUGUCCAUUCAAUAUUCCAAGCAGUGAUUUGAAAAUGAGUAAAUGCAAAAAAAUGCGACUUGCGACGAUGAUGGGAGCUAUGUAGUAGCUCCUGGUCUAUCAUUGUCUCUCUGUUGCAGCUUUGCGCCAUCAGAAUUUAUGAUGUAGGAAAACCAGCUCUGAAGUGUGUAGUGGUCGGGAAAACCAAAUUUUCCACUUGCCAACAAACGUACCGGAGAAAUGGUAAGAUAUUUUGGUCAGCUGAAAGAAUGUUAUCUUCGGAAAGAAGAACGCGAACGGAACGGCAAAGAGAAAAGAA